GUUCUCUGCGUGCCCUUACCCACUACUUCGAUCUUCUUGGAUAUCUUUUACUCUGUUAGAUUCUAUUUUGUAUACUUUAUCCCAGGUUUCUACUCUCGAUUCACGAAAGUAAUGAGUAGCGGUCUCGCGAAAGGUGUCCCAGUUGUUCAUGUAUCUCCAGAAGAGGUCUACCAAGUCAUAACCAAUGCUGCCUCUCAAGACCCCGCGAAGGUCAAGACUUCCUCCGAACGACUCAAGCAGUUGUUGGAUAUGACAGGAGCUUUUGAUGCACUUUCUGAGAUUUCAGUCCAACAGGCCGUGCCAUUGCCGGUUCGCCAACAAGCGAUCAUUCAGCUAAAGAACAACCUAACCAACCAUUGGCGAUCUCGAAAGAUUCUUCCAGAUCAGCGAGAACGCAUCAAAAGCCGUUGUCUUUCGCUUGUUAACGAGCAGGACGAUUUGAUAUGUGAAUGUAAUGAAAUUAUUACGGCAAAGAUCGCCCGUUAUGAGUACCCACAGCAGUGGCCGAACGUGCUCCCAGACCUUGUUAACGUGGUCAACAGCAACAUCUCUGCACGAUACAGUGGAACUCCUUCAAACUUUCUUCAGCUUCGACGUGCUCUCGAGCUUUUGAACGCUAUAUUGAAAGAAGGUUCUGCCCAAAGAAUGUUGACCGGCGUCAGGACAAUGUCCAAGAUCGUUGAACAGUUGCAUCCAAUCUUGCAUUCUCACUAUUCCACUGUUGCAGCUUCGUUAUCGUCGUUGAGUCCGACCAGCGUUUCAUCAUUGAACACGGCAGAAGAUCUUCUUCUCGCACAUCUGGUCUACAAGUGUUUAGCAAAAGGUGCGGUAUGGAUGUGGCAAAAGAUGAAAACUCCCGACGAACGACUGAAAGUGGACCCGUGGCUAAAUGACCUCGUUCAAAGCUCAGUCUUGCAAUUGAGAACACUCUCGGAACUUCGCAUCAACAUAGUCAUAGCGCUUCUACCCAACGACCGGCUGAUAGAGCCCAACCCGCGACAAUGUGUCACUACCCUUUAUCGUCAUGUCUAUCUCAUUGGAAAGUUCUUCCGACGAUUGCAACAACUGGACGCGGCUCGUUUCGUCACAAUGCCCCUAUGCAGUGACCUCGUCCACUACUACUGGAGUAAAGUAGUUCAGGCAACAGAUUCUCCAGCUGAUUUCAUCGGAGAUUCACCGCUCAGUGUAUUCCCUGUUCGUUUCCUCGUGCAAGGAAUGGUUAUCUUCAAAGAGAGUAUUGCUCAAUGGGCACCCGUACGUAAAGAUGGCAGCUAUAAAGAACAAGUCUUGCCUAGGGCCUUCGUCGAGGAGGCUGUAAAGCUUCUUGUGACCCGAUUCAUUCCGCUCAACCCAGCUGACCUUGAAGGAUGGAUGGCUGAUCCGGAGGAAUGGGUCAACGUGGAAGAGAGUGAAAACGACCACUGGGAGUAUGAACUCAGACCUUGCGGAGAACGUGUUCUUAUGACCCUAGCCAGUCAAUGUGGAGUAUAUGUGCAGCCUCUGCUAGAGACGACAUGGAAAGAGAUACGAGGUCUACCUGCAUCAGAUUUGACUACUAUCCUCCAGAAGGAAGCUCUUUACUGUGCCAUUGGAAGGUGUGCGAUUCGCAUGAAAGAUUCCAUACCAUUCGAAGAGUGGUUGCAAACCAAUCUCGCACCAGAAGCUCGAGAUACGAACCCUAGCUACCCUAUCAUCAAGCGAAGGAUUGCCUGGCUCAUUGGCAAGUGGAUAUCGAGUGAAUGUUCUAGUCCCAACAACCCGAUGGUAUGGGAGGUUCUCGUCCAUCUACUGCGAGAUCGGGGCCCUGGAACGGAUGCAGUUGUCAGACUUACUGCUGCCGUCGCCAUACGUGAAUGCAUCGAUACACUCCAAUUCGACUUGAACGUCUUCCUUCCGUACCUUCAACCGGUUGUCACUGAGCUCCUACGUAUCAUGGCUGAAGCAGACACUCUAGAAAGCAAGAGGCGCAUUGCCAAUUGCCUUGGUUUGGUGAUUGAACGUGCGGAGUUACAUAUUGUUCCUCUGAUGAGUGCGAUUGCCACAUCGUUGCCUCAGUUAUGGGUGGCAGCGGAAGAGGAUUGGCUACUGAAGGCUUCCCUUCUUGAAACGCUUUCAAAACUCUGCGAUUCGACCAAAGAACAUUCCGCCCCUCUGUGUGCCCUUGUUGUGCCUAUGGUUCGAGACAGCUUCACACCUUCUGCAAAAGCCCAGCUCGACGAGGAUGCACUCAAUCUUUGGCAAACAGCGUUACGACAAACUAACACCAUCGACGCGGUCAGUGGUCAACCCGGAUUGAUUGAAUUACUACCACUUGCGAUCGACCUCCUGUCGAACAAUCUUGAUCUUCUCGGUAAAAUCGUCGCUAUUUUGGAGUCUUAUUUCCUUCUGGACGCGACGCGUAUAUUGCAGUUGGGCGCUCUGGAUGUGUUUAAAGGGUUCGUUCAUGGCUUGAAGCAUGCACUAUCUUUCAAUCAGAAACACAUGAUGCAAGCCCUCGACUUACUGGUACAAUUCACUCCCCCCACGUUGUACGCGGAUGCUAUUCAUCAAAGUGGACUGCUACGAUACAUCGUCCAAGCUUUCAUAGACGAUCAAGCUCCAGCGGUUGUGCUGACGGAGUUUGUUUACUUCCUUGCGAGAUUAGCUAUUGCAGAUAAGCAAAUAUUCUUGCAAUUAGUGUCGGCCACAGCCGCCGCUAUGAACUUGAUGGAGACGCAGGUCUGGGAACCCAUCCUGAAUCAAUGGUGGACACGGUUUGACAACAUGUCUGAACCCCGAAGUCGAAAACUUGUAGCUAUGGGGAUUGCGAAUUUGGUCUCUACUGGGCGACCUGAGGUUCUCGAUCGUCUCGCUACCGAGAUAUGCAAUCUUUGGCUUGACGUCUUCGGGGAGAUCAAGGAGGCUAGGGAGAAGGCCGACGAAGACCCAUCUUCAUUGACAUUGUACUGGGACAAACCAGCAGAGCAACUUUUUGUCGAUUUCGAGGGUAGCCUGGAAUUCGAUCGUCGCAAAGCGGCAUAUGAGAACGAUCCUGUGCGCACGACGCAACUCGUCACAUACGUCGCUGCUCGCCUACAUGAAGCUGAAAUGGCUUGUGGAGGCCCAACUGCAUUGCAAUCACAAUGGUUGGCGAAGGCGGAUCCUACUGUGCUGAAGCAAAUUCAGGAUGCGUUGGCGGGAAGGUAGAAAUUAUCUUUCAUUGAUAGAGGAGACAAGAAGACGGCUUGGAUACCUAUUUUUCAACAUGUCGGAAAUCUAUAGCACACAUCUAAUUUCUAUAGCGUCUCAUUGUUUUUUUGCUUGGAUACAAUGGUCAAUCUGCAUAAACGUAUCAUUGCUUAUGCUCUUUUAAUGCAUUGAAGACUAAGGUUACAC